AUGGGUCCCUUACUUUUCAGCACUCUGCUUUGCAUUCUGAAUAUAGCAUCAGCCAACAUCUUUGAAUAUCAGGCAGAAACUCAGCCUCUUCGUCCUUGUGAACUUCAGAGGGAGAAAGCCUUUCAGGGAGGUGAAGACUAUGUUCCACAGUGCUCAGAAAGUGGACAGUUCAGGAACAUACAGUGCAAUAAAAAUGCUGAUUCUUGCUGGUGUGUAGAUGACGAAGGAACUGAGGUGCCAGGAACCAGGCAGCCUGGAUCUCCUACUGCUUGUUUAUCAUUUUGCCAGCUACAAAAGCAGCGGAUCCUGGUCAGUCGCUACAUCAACAGUAGCAUUACUUCUUACAUCCCACAGUGCCUGGACUUUGGUGACUUUGAUCCAAUCCAGUGUGACCUACGCCUGGAGCAGUGCUGGUGUGUGGAUGGUGAAGGGAUGGAGAUUUAUGGCACAAGACAGAAAGGGAAGCCAAAGCGAUGUCCUGGGAAAUGUGAAAUCCGAGACCGUCGCAUUCUGCACGGCGUGGGGGAAAAGAGCCCACCCCAGUGCUCAGCUGAUGGGGAGUUUUUGCCUGUUCAGUGCAAGUUUGUCAACACAACAGACAGGAUGGUCUUUGAUCUUGUUCAUCAUUUCAACAGAUUCCCAAAUGUCUUCCAAACAUUUAGUUCCUUCAGGAGCUUCUUUACAGAGGUCUCUGGCUAUUGUUACUGUGCAGACAGUCUAGGGCGGGAACUAGAAGAUACAGGGUUGGAAAUGUUGCUAGAGAAUGUUUAUGACACAGUUUUUGCAUCGCUGAAACAGGUUCCCACUUUUAGUGAAACCAGCAUGUAUAGGAUCUUGCAGAGACGUUUUCUAGGAUUACAGCUUGCUACAACUGGCCGAUUCCGAUGCCCGACCAAGUGUGAAAUAGAGAGAUUCACUGCCAUUCGUUUAAAAGAGAAUUACAGACCAUUGUGUGAUGAUAAAGGAGCCUAUAAGCCAACACAGUGUCAGCUGGAUGGACAGUGUUGGUGUGUGGAUACUGAGGGGCAGGAGCUCUCUGGAACAAGAAGUAAAGGGCAGCAUCCAACCUGUGGUGAAGAACGUAGUUGUGUCUUUGAGAGACAGCAGUCUCUGUCCAAGCUUUUUUAUGGCCCCAUUGGACAUUUCAGUCAGCAGAGUUUAUUCUCUACUGCCCAAGAGUCACAGAAUACAGCUGUGCCCUCAAGGUUUUGUCCUCCUUCAUUCAAGGAACUAUUUGUGGAUUCUGGGCUGCUAUCUUCCAUCCUAGAAAAUCCAAGUUCUCCCCAGCUCUCCUCACUUGAAUCCAUCCUCAGUGAAGCAAUUGGAGGGAUGUUUCCUUCGAGAGACCUUGCUCAGCUUGCUCUUCAGUUCACCACCAAUCCUAAGAGGUUCCAAGAAAACCUUUUCGGGGGGAAAUUCUUGAAAAAUUUGAUCCAGUUUAACUUCACAGGAGCCCUUGGUCCUAAUGGCAAAUUUAAUUUGGAUCAGUAUUUCCGGGAGAUCGAGAUGAGAGAUGGUUUUGCUGAACUGGCCCAACAAAUCUCCCUGGGGGGACCACAGGAGAAGUUCAAUUUGAACCGGACUAUUGUAGACAGUUUUGGUCGCUCUGUCAACUUGCAAGACAAUCAGAAUGCUGUCAAAUUUCUAACUUUCCUCUUUGAAGCCCCAGAGUUUUUCUCAUUUCUGGAGCGUGUGAUUUCUGUUCCAGAAAAUAUCGCCCAAGAUUUAGGUGAAGUUGCAAGUCUAGUGUUGAAAUCCAAAGACUGCACAGAGGAGACCAAAAACUUGUUUGUCCCAGCUUGCACAGAAGAAGGGAGAUAUAAGGAAAUGCAGUGCUAUGCAGGGGACUGCUGGUGUGUGGACCUGAGUGGCAAAGAGAUCCCAGGGACCAGAGUGCGUGGCACACGCCUGAGGUGCCCAACAACAUGUGAAAAGCAAAGGGCAAGUCUUCAGCGCUUAAAAAGUAGCCAGCCAGCAGGCUCUGAACUGUUUGUUCCUUCAUGUACUCAGGAGGGACAGUUUCUCCCACUUCAGUGCCAUGGAAGAAACUGUUUCUGUGUCAAUUCAGAAGGCAGGACUGUUCCAGGAAUAGAUGACAAUACUGGGGGGCCCAUGCAGUGUCCUAGUGACUGCCAACUCACAGGUGGCCAGGCCUUUUUACAAACGGUGCAGAAACUACUGCUGGAUCCCACUGCCUUGCCUCAAUUGUCCAGUGUUUAUAUCCCACAGUGCAACCUAGAUGGUCAAUGGAGGCAGGUCCAAUGUAAUGGCCCUCCUGAACAAGCUUUUGAAUUGUAUCAAAGAUGGAUCACCCAGAAUAACAAUGGCAGACCUCUUCCAAUCACUGACUUGGUGGGCAUACUCCUUGACUAUAAGGAGAGAUCACAGCAAAACUUUGAAGACUUCAUCAAAACUCUCUAUGAAGCUGGCCAUCAGAAUAUCUUCCCAGAGCUCUCCAAAUAUCCUUCCUUCAAUGCAGUUCCUCAAGAUGUGCUGGAGGGCAGGUCUACAGACAGUUCAUCACAGAAUCUCUUGCUGCAGCCAUUCACUUUCUGGCAGCUUCUUCAGUCAAAUCUCAUCCAUUAUCCAGGAUCCUAUGGGGAUUUUAGCAUUCCACUUGGGCAUUUUGACCUUCGCAAUUGCUGGUGUGUGGAUGAAAAGGGACAAAGGCAAGGCGACAAAGCUGAUGUGAACAAGAUUCCAAAUUGUCCUGGAAAGUGUGAAGCAGCCAAGCAAGAAGCCCUGCAGUUUGUUGACAAAGUGGAGCAACUCAUCAACGAUUCAAACAGUUCUCAUUUUCCUUUUGGGCAGAGUUUUUUAAUGGCAAAAGUGGUCAUGCUCACUGAUGAUGAGCUUCUGAAAAAUUUCUCCCAACUGGACACCAUAUUUUCAGAAGAGUUAUUGGCCGGGAGUGAUUAUGCCAUCCGGCUGGCGGCACAAUCAACUUUGCAUUUUUAUUGGAAGACUCUCUUUGCAUCAAGUAAUUCUGCAGGAGAGGCAGUGCGCCUUGGUUUUCAGCCUUACAUUCCCCAGUGUGAUGGUCUGGGAUACUGGGAACCUGUCCAGUGCUAUCAGAGCUCAGGGCAUUGCUGGUGUGUGGAUGAGAGAGGACAUUAUAUAGAAGACUCUUUGGUGGCACGUUCAACACGGCUACCCCAGUGUCAGACACCAUGUCAACGCUCCCAAGCAAAUGCAUUGAUUUCCAGCUGGAAGCCAAAUGGACUGAAGCUUGAUGGUACUUCAGGGGAUUUGUUUACUCCAUCCUGCCUGGAGACUGGUGAAUAUGCUGGACUACAGAAAUCUGACACAAAGUCCUGGUGUGUAGAUUCUGUGUUGGGGGAAGUACUUCAGCAAAGCAGCACUGAUUCAAAUGGUGGACCUCAGUGCCCUGGUUCCUGCAAUGUGGCGAGGUCCAAAGCUGUCUUGAGGGAAACUGGUAGAGGUUACAUUCCUCAAUGUGAAGAUGAACGUGGCGUCUUCUCAUCUGACCAAUGUAGUCAGGACCAGGAAAGUUGUUGGUGUGUCUUUGAGAAUGGAGAAGAGGCUCCAGGAACACGUAUCAGUGGCAAGAGGACCUCAUGUGAACGUCCCCAGUGUCGCUUGCCUUUUGAUGUCCCUUCUGUGAUCAACGGUGGUGUUUUUUGCAACAUCUCAGCAGGAAAUCCGAAAAUCCAGCAGUGUCGAGUGAUCUGCUCUCUGGGCUUCCAGCAUGUCUUUUCAGACAGGGGAAUACUGCUCUGUGACAUGGAAAGUCACCUGUGGAUUGGAAAUCCACCUCAUUCUACAUCCUGUCAGAGAAUCCAGCCAUUCCAGAGUGUUCAAAUGCAAACUCAGUUUAAGCUACUCUUGCCUCCUGAGAAAGCCUGCAAUCCAGACUACUCCGGGUUGCUGGAAGCAUUCCAGAUCUUCAUUCUAGAUGAAAUGAGGGCUCGCGGCUUUUGUCACAUCCAGGUGAAUGCUUCUGAGCACCUGGUCACUGUUCCCAUCUGUGGUGAUUCUACAGUUCUGGUUCAGUGUUUGGCUGUAGAUCGUCUAGGAGUGAACAUCACAUGGCAAGCUUUACUUGAAGAUGUCCCAGCAGCAUCACUACCCGAUUUACACAAUAUUGAAAAAGCAAUGGUUGGGGAAAAUCUCAUGGGACGCUUUGAAGCAGUGAUCAGAAGUGGCGGUUUCGUUCUUCAUUUGGACAACAAGCAAUUCCAAGCAGACACAUCCAUUAAUUUUCCAAGAAAUGAAAAUGUUGACAUAUCCCCCCAAGUUCAUCUGGAAUGUACAAGUGGUUUCCAAAAGGUUGCAGCUGCUGAAGGAGCUCCGCCAAAUCUCCAAGGAUGUGUGGCCUGUCCUCCAGGCACCUCCUUCCAGAAUGAGAGCUGCAUUCCCUGUCCUUCUGGAUUCUAUCAAGACCAAAUGGGAAGCUCCUUCUGCAUCAAAUGUCCUCUUGGGAAAUCAACUGUCUCUAAUGGAGCUUUCAGAUCUGAGCACUGUAUUACUGAUUGUCAGAUGGCUGAAAGAGAUAUGCAGUGUGAUGAAAAUGGCCAGUAUCAACCUUCUUAUGCAGACCCAACAACCAAAAAAUCAUUUUGUGUUGAUGGCUUUGGAGCAAUACUAGAGUGGACAGAAACGAGUGGCUCACUUAUAGACUCCCAGUGUUUAGUCCUCAGACAAUUUGAGAGGGUUCCUGCUUCCAAGAUUUCCUUCACUGCAGAAACAGUCGAGAUAGUUGGAUCUAUAACCAUCCCAGGAGAACUUGAGGCUGCACUCCAACCAUGCACUGCGGAAUGUAUGAAGGACGAAGCAUGUGGAUUUCUCACAUUGUCUACUGCAAGGACAGAAGUUCUGUGUGAGCUGUACAGUGCUCAAGAGAGCAAUUACAAUUGUUCUGCUUCUGGAUUGGUUCAGGGUACUUGGGAUAAUGCUGCCACUGCAAGUAUUGAUCGUCUCAGCUGCAUGCUUCGAGUGAGAAGCCAAGAUCAGAAUGCUGUGAGAGUGUACUUGAAAAAAGGACAAGAAUUCACUACAGCUGGAGUGAAGACCUUUGAGAUGACCGAUUUCCAGGAUGUUGUUUCUGGCGUGUACCACAACUUGGUCCUUUCAGCAGCUGGUACAUCAUUGACUGAUGUACAUCUCUUCUGCCGUCAGGCCUGCAGCCAAGAUUCUUGCUGUGACGGAUUUAUCUUGAGCCAGAUUGUACUCGAUGGAGGUAGUAUCUUGUGUGCUCUCAUGAGCUAUCCAGAUGCAUUAAUCUGCAAUGCUAAGAACUGGGAUGGAAGCUCAACACGAGAACAAGAAGACAUGUGUCAAAGAGUGAAGUACAGUGAAGAAAAGAAGAAAUACACAUUUAUCUUAGGAGGGCAACUGCUCACAAUAACAUCUGAUCUCAUAGAAGAAACUGAAGCUUCUUUUACCACAUUUCAACGUGUUUAUCUAUGGAGAGGUUUUGAUAUGUUGACCAGAGUAAGAUCUACUGCAUGUGGUGCUGUUGUUCCUCCAACAGAGAUGAAUCCAUUACUACCAGCUUCAGCAAUGGAACUCUUUUCUCCGAUGGAAAGCAACCAAAUCCUGAUUGACCAGAAUCAUUCUCUGCAAUCUCAAGAGUACUGGCUUUUCCAGCCCAGAUUCUCAGCUGAGCAGGCCCGUCUCUGGUGUCUUGCACGUUGUGUGGAGGAUGACUUCUGUCAAUUGGCAGACAUCCCAAACAUCACAGCUUCGGUGUUCUUCACCUGCACCCUUUAUCCAGCGGCCCAAGUCUGUGACAAUCCUAUUAACAACAUCCCUGAAAGCUGUAACAUUGUGUUGCCACAUAAGCCCCGUCUCUUAUAUCAGAAGACAGUCUCCCUGGAAGGGAGUGUAAAGAAUUUUUACACCCGACUACCAUUCCAAAAAAUGUCAAGAAUCUCUGUGAGCAGCAAGAUGGAUGUGUCUGGGAAAACUGUGUCCAGCGGCUUUUUUGACUGUGAACGCCUCUGUGAUGCUGACCCUUGCUGUUCAGGCUUUGGACUCUUAAAUACUUCCCAAGAUGCAGGUGGCAAGAUCCUGUGCUUGACUCUGAAUAGUUUGGGGGUUCAGACUUGCACUGAAGAACUCAGAAGCGACUGGCAGGUUUCAGAUUGUACAUCUCCAGAAACAGACGUCAAAGUCCAUCCUUUUGGCUGGUACCAAAAAGCAGCAACUACUCCCAGGGUGUGUCCACCUGUUCUUCUACUUGAAAGGCAAGAAAGUGUGACUUUGGACAAGUGGCAACGUGUUGAUGGGUCAGCUAUUCUCAUUGAUCCUUCCAUUUCCAAAUAUGAUGUUAUGCAUGUCAGCAGAGAUGCCUCCAGUGAUUUUGCCACCGUCCGAGACUUUUGCCUCACAGUAUGUGCAAAGGAAAAGUUAUGCUUGGUGACUACUCUUGAAAUGCAGUCAACAGCCGCACGAUGCAUGUUUUAUCCAGAAACCCAGACCUGCACACUUGGACUCCAGGGCCACCGCUGUCAACUUUUGCUCAAGGAGCCAGCUACUUAUAUCUAUCGCAGGCAAGGUGCAUUUGGACCCAUUGCUGAAAUAGGUGAUGCUCCCUCUGUAAACACCCCAUUGCAAGGAACUUUAUUUGGCACUUCUCAAGUCAUCCAAGUGGGUUCCAGCUGGAAGAGAAUCAAACAGUUCCUUGGGAUUCCAUAUGCAGCACCUCCGGUGGCAGAGAGCCGCUUUAAUCCACCCCAGGAUUUUACUCCAGUGGAAUCCUGGAAUGCCACAAUGACUCGAGCUAGUUGCUGGCAACCUGGGGAUGGUGAAGUCAAUCCUUUUUCUGUCAGUGAAGACUGCUUAUAUUUGAACAUCUACAUCCCAGAGAACAGUAAUGGAAAUCUACCAGUUCUGGUGUUCUUUCACAAUGGUGUAAGUGGCAGUCACCAUCCACAGAGGACAAUUAUUGAUGGAUCAUAUUUAGCAGGAGUUGGAAAUAUCAUUGUUGUAACUGCAAAUUACCGGGUUGGAGUCUUUGGCUUUCUUAGCACUGGUUCCAAGGUGGCAAGUGGAAAUUGGGGCCUUUUGGAUCAAGAAGCAGCUCUCAAAUGGACACAGCAAAAUAUUGCAAGUUUUGGAGGAGAUCCUCAUCAAAUUGCAGUUGCAGCUGAUGGCAGUGGAGCAGAUAUCACCAGCAUUCAUCUGCUUGCAGAGGGUGCAGAUUCAUUUCUCUUCAAGAAGAUGUUGCUGAUGGGAGGAUCUGCAUUCUCUCCAGUGUCAGUGAUCAGUGAGGAGAAAGCACGGGCGCAGGCUGCUGUUUUGGCUCGCGAACUUGGCUGCCCUUCAGACAGCAGUGAAGAAACUCUAUCCUGCCUCCGCCAGUUGCCUGCAAAAGCUCUCAAUGAUGCACAAACAAGGCUCCUAGCUAUAAGUGGGCCUUUUCAGUAUUGGGGUCCAGUAGUGGAUGGGUCCUACCUCCAAGGGUCUCUGGCAGUAGCUCUGCAGCGUCCACAAUCUCUGAAAGUUGACCUGCUCAUUGGAAGUGCUCAACAAGAUGGCCUGAUCAGCCGAGCAAAGGCUAUAAAGCGAUAUGAAGAGACCCAAGGCCGUGGCGACAGCAAAACAGCCUUCUACCAGGCUCUCCAAAACUCUUUAGGGGGAGAAGAUGCCAACCCCAUUGUGCAGGAUGCAGCCACGUGGUUUUAUUCCCUGGAGCAUUCAUCCACUGAAUAUGCCUCAUUCUCCAGAGCUUUGGAAAAUGCCACUCGGGAUCACUUCAUCAUUUGCCCCACAAUUGCCAUGGCCAAACACUGGGCUGGUCACAACCGAGGAAAUGUCUUCAUGUACCAUGUGCCAGAGAGCUCUUCUGUGGCCAGUUCAAGCCUGGAAUUCUUGCCUGAUGUCCAGUAUGCAUUUGGGCUGCCUUUCCAUUCUGAGUAUGAAAAUCAGUACCCUCUGGAAGAGAAGAACCUCUCUUUAGCCAUAAUGCAGUACUUCGCCAACUUUAUAAAAUCUGGAAAUCCAAAUGGCCCUUACAAAUUCUCUAGAAGAAUGACUGGACUUGCGUCACCUUGGCCUAUGUUUCGAGCAGACACUGGUGGAGACAGUUAUAAGGAAUUUACUGCUUCUUUGAAGAACCGGAAAGAGCUGAAGAAAACAGAAUGUUCAUUCUGGUCUGAUUAUAUCAAAACACUCAAGGCUUCAACAAGUUGCAGAAGAGAGCAGCCUGCCACAAGUGAGCCUAGGGAUGAACUGGUUGAAGCCUCUUUUUCUAAAACUACUCAGACAAAGCUCCCAGAAGACAAGGUGGCCUACAGCAAAUAAAACAUAGCUUUUCCAUCUGAUUUUGGAUUGCUUGGACAAAGUCAGGUUACUCUGCCCCUGAGUUGGUGAAUCACCUUGUUGUAUCAUAAUGGUGUGUCUGUACUAGAUUACUUUAAUAUCAAAUAUGGUUGCUGUCAUGUGAGACAGGUGAAGUCCAAAAUGACAUGACACUAUCCAGUGGAUCAAAUAUGUUGAAUAUCAGUGCAUCAGAUUGUACAUUCAUCAUUCAAUAA